AUGUGGAUAGGUUUAAAUUCUCCAGAAAUUGUACGUGGAAUAUUUCAACAUUUCGAUGAUUUUGAUGUGAUACAAAAUAUUUGUGAUAACUCAAGUACAUUUAAACAAAUAUAUGAAUAUGCCCGUCCUACCUCUAUUUUAAGGACAACUAAACAUUUAUAUUUACAUGAUGAUUUACUAUAUGUGCCUUCUCAAUAUGGAAAGUUAGAAUAUAAUGUUUCAAAUAAAUUAUUAACUCCAGUACUUGAUAAAGAUAAUCUUUCAAAAUGGUUAUAUGUUGGUAAACAAGAAUUUCCUUUUUCAGAUGUACGGGAAGAUUGUCCAAAUUAUUCUGAAAUGUCUAAAUAUCGUGAAAAUUAUGGUAUUUUUUUGUCUAAUGAUUUUAAAUAUAAUAAAAGUACUUUAAAUUAUGAAGAUAUUGUUAAAUAUGCCACUCAUAUAAGUAUUCAAAUUAAUCAUCAAUUAUGUCAUGAGAAAAUAGUUGAUAAAGUAAAAACUUUUUUAGACAAUUUUACUGAAUCUCCAAUUCUUAGAGGAUUAGCAAUUACUUUUGGAGAUAAUAUAAUUGUUACAACAAUAUGUAAAGAUCGUCUAAUUAGAUUACUUUCAUCAAUAUCUACAAAUGUUAAAAUUUUAACUCUUAUAUAUAAUGGUUCUCAUGAUAUUCAAGAUAUGUUAGAUGCUGCAUGUAAAGGAUUCAUUGAAUUAAAAGCUUUAUUUAUAAGAAGUGAUGGAAAAUAUAAUGGAAGGGGAUGUAUAAAAUUUGAAAGUAUUAAUCAUUUAAAAUCUCUUGAAUUUCUAUCUAUUUCAAGUAGUUAUGUUUUUGCUUUAAUAAUGAAAUCAAUUUUAGAAAUGCCUAAUAUAAAAUGUAUUCAUAUUGAUUAUUCAUCACUAUGUAAAUAUAAUUCUCAUAGAAUGGAAAUUGAUUUAUCUAAAGCUAAUCAAGUUGUUAUGGUUUUAAUUAAUAGAAAAGAUUUUCCUAUUAUGAAAUAUUCAUUCAAAAUAAUGUCUAAUAAACAUUGGAAUAAAAAUAUUUAUCAUGAUUUAAGCAUAGCUUGUUUACAAAAAACAGAUGUUGUUUCAAAAUACUUUUCAUAUGUUGAAUAG